AUUGUGACUGAUUACUUGUGAACUCUUUCGGCAGGAGUAUCUUAAAGAUGAGCUUUUGGAGUUUCUGGGACCAAAAUGUUUCACUGAAUGGCGAGAUUGGAAACUUGUGCAGGCGGGAGGCUGCAGCGCGGCUGCUCUUUCAACAGGCGAUUUGUUCUCCUGUCUGUGGCUCAUUUCCAUGCAAAGAGCCUGACAUCAGAGCACCUUUUGUUGCUAAACGCUUUCUGUAGCUUGGAGGGGAGAGAGUCAUGUGGAGCUGGAAGAGCUCAUUUUGAAGAGAGGGGUCCCGGGGAGUUCCUUCCAAGCUCCGGAGGCACCACGGUCACCCCUGCGGGGCCCUGCCCAGACUUGCUGGCAGAAGUGAGUCGCGUGGCUUAGUGAGUCGUCCCCGUCACAGGAAGAAACGCCUUCGCAGAGGAUUUAAUUGCUUCUGGCUUGCCAGUAAUCCCCGCUGUAAAACUCAGUGGUGCGAACUUUGCCUCCAGCUACCCUGUGGCCUUGCGCAGCCGGGGUGGGAAAGUUCCUGGAGUUGUCAGUCGCGCACCCCUCCGCCACCUAGAGCCGAGGUGCGGGAGCCUGCGAGGGGUCCCCGCGGGUUUGCUGGGGGAUGCCGCGCGGGGGCACGGCUCAGUGACGCGGCGGGCGGGGACCUGGCGCUGGGCCCGGCUGCACUCCUGCGAGGGGCGUGAGUGCCCCAGGGACUAGGACGCACCGCUCGCGUGCGGGACACGGUCAUGGAGGAUGCGGGAGCUGCUGCCCCAGGCCCGGAGCCCGAGCCAGAGCAGGAGCCGGAGCAGGAGCCGGAGCCCGAGCCCGAGACGGAGCCCGAGACGGAGUCCGAGACGGGCGCCAGCAUGUCCCAGACGUUUUCCCGGCUCUGGGCCGAUGUGAUGGGCAUCCUGGACGGCUCCCUGGGCAACAUCGAUGACCUGGCCCAGCAGUAUGCAGACUAUUACAACACCUACUUCUCCGACGUGUGCGAAAGGAUGGAGGAGCUGCGGAAGCGGCGGGUCUCGCAGGACCUGGACGUGGAGAAACCCGACGCCGGCCCCACGUCACUUCAGCUGCGGUCCCAGAUCGAAGAGUCGCUCGGCUUCUGUAGCGCCGCGUCAACGCCAGAAGUGGAGAGAAAGAACUCUCUUCGGAAGUCAAACUCAGAAGACAGCUCCGUAGGAAAAGGAGAUUGGAAGAAGAAAAAUAAGUAUUUCUGGCAGAACUUCCGGAAGAACCAGAAAGGAAUAAUGAGGCAGACUUCAAAAGGAGAAGACGUGGGCUACGUGGCAAGCGAGAUAACCAUGAGCGAUGAGGAGCGGAUUCAGCUGAUGAUGAUGGUCAAGGAGAAGAUGAUCACCAUCGAGGAGGCACUGGCUCGGCUCAAGGAGUACGAGGCCCAGCACCGGCAGCCAGCCGCCUUGGACCCUGCUGACUGGCCCGACGGUUCCAGCCCCACGUUCGACGGCUCGUCCAACUGCAACUCAAGAGAACAAUCGGAUGAUGAGACCGAGGAGUCAGUGAAGUUUAAGAGGUUGCACAAGCUGGUGAACUCCACUCGCAGAGUGAGGAAGAAACUAAUCAGAGUGGAAGAAAUGAAAAAGCCCAGCACUGAAGGCGGGGAGGAGCCUGCGCCUGAGAACUGCCCCGUCCUGGACGAGAGGUCCGCCCUCUACUCCGGAGUGCACAAGAAGCCGUUUUUCUUCGACGGCUCUCCCGAGAAACCUCCGGAAGAUGAUUCCGACUCUGUCGCCACUUCUCCAUCACUGAGCAACCUGGAGACCUGGGGAGCUGGCCGGAAGUUGGUCAAAACCUUCAGCAAAGGAGAGAGUCGGGGCCUCAUUAAGCCCCCCAAGAAGAUGGGGACCUUCUUCUCCUAUCCAGAAGAAGAAAAGGCCCAGAAGGUUUCCCGCUCCCUGACCGAGGGCGAGAUGAAGAAGAGUCUGGGGUCCCUGAGCCACGGGGUAAGUACGGACGGUCUUUGCUUCUAUGACAACCACCGACGUAGGCACCACCUUCUAGUGUCCCUGGAGGAGGUUCAGAGCGUCCGCAAGCACAUCCGCUUGAAGAAAACGGAUACUAAUUAUUCAUGUUCCAGAGCUUUCCUCUGCCAGCGCCCCUCCAGAAAAGGCGUUAACACCACGACCUGUGACCUGCAGCUGCUGCGGCAGAGACCCAAAGGGGGAGGGAGCUGUGGCGCCCCCAGCAGGAGGGUGCGCGGGCGCCCCUCGGUCAGCGAGUUCAAUAUCACCUACGUGGUGGAGCGGAGCCUGUACAGCCACCUGAACCUGACCCAGCUAGUGCGUCCUGCCUCAGACAGGACCCUGAGCAAGGCUGAGAAGCAGGACCUGAGGCGGUGCUUGCUGGAGGAGGAUGAGGAGGCCAAGAGGAAGUGGGCCGCCACAGUCGACCGCUGUACUAAGAGGGUUCUCUUGAGAAUCCACCAGAAGUCCAGAACCUGCAGUUUCGGAGGGUUUGACCUGACCAAUCGCGCCCUGCACAUCGGCAGCAGUAACUCUGACCCGCUGGGCAAAGAAGGAGAUUUUGUGUACAAGGAAGUCAUCAAAUCACCUACUGCCUCCCGCAUCUCUCUUGGAAAGAAGGUCAAGUCAGUAAAAGAGACGAUGAGGAAGAGGAUGUCUAAAAAGUACAGCAGCUCCGUGUCCGAGCAGGACACGAGCCUCGAUGGAAUGCCGGGCUCCCCUCCCGUCUCCCAGCCUGACGUUGAACACGUGGACAAGCCCAAGCUCAAGGCCGGGGGUUCUGUGGAGAGUCUGCGGAGUUCUCUGAGCGGACAGAGCUCGAUGAGCGGUCAGACGGUGAGCACCACCGAUUCCUCGACCAGCAACAGGGAGAGCGUCAAGUCGGAAGACGGCGACGACGAGGAGCCACCCUACCGGGGCCCCUUCUGCGGGCGCGCCAGGGUGCACACCGACUUCACGCCGAGCCCCUAUGACACGGACUCGCUGAAGCUCAAGAAAGGAGACAUCAUCGAUAUCAUCAGCAAACCACCCAUGGGCACCUGGAUGGGCCUAUUGAACAACAAGGUGGGCACCUUCAAAUUCAUCUACGUGGACGUGCUAAACGAGGAGGAGGAGAAGCCCAAGCGCCCCACCAGGAGGAAGAGAAAAGGAAGACCACCCCAGCCCAAGUCGGUGGAGGAUCUCCUUGACCGGAUCAACCUGAAAGAGCACAUGCCCACCUUCCUGUUCAACGGAUAUGAAGAUCUGGACACCUUCAAGCUCCUGGAGGAGGAAGACUUGGAUGAGCUGAACAUCAGGGACCCGGAACACAGAGCAGUUCUCUUGACCGCGGUGGAGCUGUUACAGGAGUAUGACAGUAACAGCGACCAGUCGGGGUCCCAGGAGAGGCUGCUGGUGGACAGCCAGGGCCUGAGCGGAUGCUCCCCACGAGACUCGGGAUGCUACGAGAGCAGCGAGAACCUGGAAAACGGCAAGACCCGGAAAACUGGCCUUCUGUCUGCCAAGUCACCCGCCGAGUCCAGCUUGAAGUCUUUCGGCAGGAGUCAGCCGGGCAACUACCCGACCUUGCCUCUCCCGAAGUCGGCGGACGCCCGGACGCCGGGGCAGGAGAGCAGGCUGGGCCGCGGUCUGGCCCCUCCUCGCACUCUCGAGCACGGCGACCCGCCGUGCGUGACCGGCUCGAGCAAAAACCGGAGAAGCCUCCCCGUUUCCAUCUGCCGCAGCUGCGAGACCCUGGAGGGCCCCCAGCCGGGGAAAGCCUGGCCCCGGUCCCACUCCCUGGACGACCUUCAGGGGGAGCCUGAUGCUGGAACAGACGUGCCUCAUGCGGCGACGGAACCCUCCCCUCAGAUUGCACCGCAAGUGCCACAAAAGACAGCCCCCUCCGUCACCAAGGUCCCCAGCCCCAGACGAGAUCCUGCCGUUGACAAUGCAUUGCUACUGACCCAAAGCAACCGGUUUUCUGACCCUCAGAAAACGACUACUAAGAAACUGGGCGGCGGCUCGAGUGCAGCCCCUUCCCGUGGCCUGUCGCCUCCCCCGUGUUUACCCAAAAACCCUGAUGCUCAGCCUCCCGGGGUCAGACCCAGCUUAGCGAGGACUGCUCUUGAGGGCCACCGGAAAGGACUCGACUUUGAAGGAAGCUGUCACCCCCCGGGCACCAAAGAAGGUGAGCAGAGGGGCCCUGAGGCCAAGACGCCUGCCAGACACCCCUCGCAGCCUCCGCCUGUCCCUGCCAAGAAGAGCAGAGAGCGCCUGGCCCUGGCCAACGGCCUGCCCCCCGGCUCCCCGGGCCCCAGCGCACCGUGCCUGCCCCUGAAAAAGGGCGGCUCUGGCGGCCCCAGCGACUGCCACUCCCCCCAGGCUUCGAGACCGCCCUCCAGGCAGGAGCCCAGCAGCCCUCCAAGCUCCAGGCCGCCACCCUGGCUCUCGGAGCUGCCCGAGAGCGCCAGCCUCCAGGAGCACGGCGUGAAGCUGGCCCCGGCCCUGACCCGGAAGAUCUCCUGCGCCCGGGGGGUGGAUCUGGAGAUGCUCACUGAAGACAAGUUGCGAGCUGAAGGCAUCGAUCUCACCGAGGAACCGUAUUCUGACAAGCACGGCCGCUGCGGGAUCCCCGAAGCCCUGGUGCAGAGAUACGCCGAGGACCUGGAGCAGCCCGAGAGGGACGUCGCCGCCCACAUGGACCAGGUCCGGGUGAAGCUGCUCCGCAAGCAGCACCGCAUGGCGAUCCCGAGCGGCGGGCUCACGGAGAUCUGCAGGAAGCCCCUCUCCCCCGGCUGCGUCUCGUCCGUGUCCGACUGGCUGGUCUCCAUCGGCCUGCCCAUGUACGCCGGCGCCCUCACGGAAGCGGGGUUCAGCACCCUGGGCCAGGUGCCUUCUCUGUCCCACACUUGCCUUCAGGAGGCCGGCAUCACAGAGGAGAGACACAUAAGCAAGCUCGUGUCUGCCGCCAGACUCUUCAAGCUGCCGCCGGGCCCCGAGGCCCUGUAGCCGGGCCCGGAACGGACCUCCGUGGAUGAGAGCCACCCUUUCACUGUGCUGGCGAUGCCGACGCAGUCCUUCCUUCCCCGGGCAAGCGGACCAGAUCCAGAGGAGCGGCCCAGGGUGCCGCUGAACAGCGCGGAGCCUUGGCAUAGGACCGAGGGACCCUCUCUUUCCCAGAAAAGCCCCUUUGCGGAAAUUGGUGUGGUUCUCUUCAAACCCCCCCCCCCCCCAAAGAAAAGACAAGCACUUAUUUUUGUUUCCAGAACAGAAUAGAACCAAGAUGCCAACUUGCCACAAAUGCUGUGCCUCUGGUCUGUCUUGGUGCACUGGGGAGAGGGCUGGGGGGGCGGGGGGAGGGGCAGCCUGUUCCGUUUCUGAUGAUAGUGCCCUUGACCUUCUGCCUGUCACCCUGCAGGAUACCCGAGGGCCAGGCAGGCUUAGCUAGGCCAAAGUAACAGACUCGGGAGUGAUUGUAAACACGGUUGACGUGCUCAUUGGUUCAAAAGUAAGAAAAUCUGUCUGCACUAGGGGGGAAAAAAUGGUCCUAUUCUCCUUUAGAUAAACAAGAGACGUUUUAAUAAUUGCUUUCUAGCAAUCAGCUUUUAUUUGCCUUAAUAUGAGCUUUUACGCAGUUGUCUAACUAGUGUUCACUACCCUGUAACCAUAGUUCCAGAUCUUCAGCUUCGACUGCCGUCUAACACGUCUGGGUGUUCCCAGCAAAGAAAACAGGCUCUUCUGGUGAUCUCAUGCUGACACGGCUCACUUUAUAGGAGUGUUUAUCGGGCGCGGAGUUCACGCUGGUGUCCACCUGUUAAACCAACUCCAAAAUCCAGUGAAAAACUAUCCGAAAUUCACCAGGCUAUCAUGUGUGUACAUGUGAGUGUUUGGGGGGAAGCUGUGGGUGUCUAUAGUAACUGCCUUUCAUUUGAACGCGUUCUGUGUCCUUAUCCUGCGGGUCGCCCUGGCGCAGCGCUGACUUGGCCUCCUGACCCUGACGGCCCCGCCCCCGAGUCCCACCCUCGGUCCCGCCCACAGAUCGCCUUCGAGGAGCCGUUGCGUAAGGCUGCGUUGUUCAGAAAGACCUUUUCAAAAAGGGAAUUAGUUUAAGAGAGGUUUUUAAGGUUUUCCUACAGUUUUACAAUUAGGAUAUUGUUUUUCUCCUUUUCUUAUUUAGGUAGUUCUUUUAAUUCAAAUAAAGGUUCCUUUUGGAGCCAGACAAACCCCCUUAGCUAUGUAUUAAGUGUUUGCAUAUUUUCCAUGGUUUCCCACUGAUUUCAGCAUAUUCUGUCCUCUCUUAGUCUCGUGUCUGACUUUCUAGCAACAUGACAUUUAGACAACUAAACUGGCAAGGUUUCCAUUGCUUACAAAAUGAUUUGGCUUUAUGUUCGUAUUGUGAGCACUAUUCCAAGCCCCGAAUGUGAUUCUUUACAAUAGAAACACUUUGAACACAAAGCCUUGAUCAAAAGUUCUUUAGUAUUUUAUCUACUCACUAAAACAAUUGAUUUCCCUCAGGGAAAAAAAACAACAACGUGGUUUCAUUAAUUACAAAGCCAUCUUUAGCAUUUGCUUUAUAUACUUAUAUCCAUGUUUCUGAGGAAAAGGAUGCUCUCAGGUGAUACAUUUUUUUCAUGCCUUGGUAUGCAUUUUAAAAAAAUAAUAUAUAUUUCUUCAAUAAUAGUUUCUGUAAGAUGCCAUGUGAAGAAGUUGUGGAAAUCUAGAAUAAAAAGCUAAAGCUGCCAAACUUCUGUGGCACCCUUCGAAAGAGCCCAUUUGCAUCACCUCGGGCUGUGACAUCCCUGUUAGCAGGGCCCCCGCUGAAGGGGUUCCUCGGCUGUGUUCGCCGUGAGCUCAGUGCGACACGGGAGAGGCCCACCUCCUGGUUUACGCUGAGCAAACACCGCACAAAAGUCCCGAUCGGUGACGAAGGGGAAGGAGGACUCCUGCGUGACUUUUCCAAGUUUUAAUUCACUCUCACUGUAACGCUUUCAUUGGGGUAAAAAUGGCACCGGAAAAGGGGAUUUUCUGAGCUCGAACUUUUGAGAACGCCAAACCGUAUUUUUGUCAACUCUUCUUCGGAGAUCAUUGCCUUUGCAGAGAAAAUUCCAGUUCAGGGACCACGAAUGAUUGUCGGUGGAGAGGUCUUCCUAGUCUGAAAGGUCUGAGGUUGUUUUUUUUACUUUAUUGUGCUUUUGUAAAUCCUUCUUUUAAAAAAAAAAUUAGUAUUUGUUUGGUCUUCUUUUGCUUUGAACUUUUCCUCUGAUCCUAGAGAAGCCUCAGCGUUUGUGUGUGACUUUUGACUGAGGUGGUUUGGGGCCACCUGGGGGCGGAGGAGACGGGUGGCGGGUGUCGGCCGCAUCCAGGUUGACUCAGGUGCACGGGGUUCGGAAUGUGGAGGAGCGGAGAAACUUGUCUCUGGGAAGCACAAAAGAAACCUGGACUGGCAGCCAGGCUCAGGUAGCUACACACACCCGUCGCGGGAAUUCUUCCUUCAAAGCUGUCUAGAACGAAAUGCAGCCAGCCCCAACCACUAGUUACAUUCCCAAAUAACCAAGUAGGAGAUAGAUUUUUUUUUAAGGCCUGCCUUUGUCAGAGGCCCUUUUCUCUGUCCUGAACCUGGGGGUGGGCAGCAUUGGAAGUGACUGGUGUACUGGUAAUCAGUUCCUGACAUAGCAAAGUUUGCUUUCAUAACUGCAGCGAAAGAAAUCCAUUCGCCAAGUCAGUGCUGCGUGUGUGUGCUGUAUGAUUUUCAGAAAAAUAAGUCUCGUCCUCUGAGUCCAAGUUAUCUUGAUUUUAAAUUGAUAGAGGAAACAAACUGUCAAGCAAGUUAUAUAACAACUAACAACAUUGCACUUUCUGUAUAUGAAAUCAGUAUUUAAAUAACUUAUUUUUCUCCAUUGCUGUUUUUAAACAUUGUAAGUAGCUGUAAUAUACCAGUACCAAUAUGUUCUUGCGAUUGCUUCAGCCCAAGAAAGCUAUGUAUUGUUUUAAAAAUUGUAAAAAUUAUUGUGAUGAUUCAUUUAGCAAAGAGAAAGGACAGAAGGGUUUUCCUAUGUAUCAAAACUUGUCUAUAAUUGUCAUCUAUGUACCUAGAAAAAAAAGUAAAUAAAUUUCUUCAGCUGAA